AUGUUUGACAAGGACUUCAACAAAGUAGCAACAGUACCAGAAGCUCCCAGCCUGGUGUAUGAUGUGGCCGGACCCAUACACUCGCUCGCCGUUUUCAACGAGAUGGUUAUUGCAGGAACCGAAAAGAACGAGAUCUGGACCGUGCGAGCUCAGGACAACGGCGGGUUUUCGGCGGCGUGCAUCGUGCAGGGCCACGGACUGGGGGAGGUGUGGGGUCUGGCCACGCACCCCAGCAGGCCCGUCGCCGCCACCGCCUCCGAUGACUUCACUGUGAGGCUGUGGGACCUGGAGGAACACCGGCCCAUGACGACGACGACGCUGGACGUAGAGGCGCGGUCCGUGGCCUUCAGUCCCGAUGGCCAGCACUUGGCGGUCGGCCUCUCUCGGGGGAUAUUCAUCAUUCUCGACGCUGAGCAUCUCGAGGAGCAGUUCCGUGUGAGCGACCGCAAGGAGGUGCGCCACGACCUCAAGUACUCACCCAGCGGGGAAUUCUUGGCCGUGGCCUCCAACGAUAACUUUGUGGACGUGUACGCCGUGGAGAGUGGUUACGAAAGGACGAAGGUGCUGUCGGGUGCCUCCUCCUUCAUCACUCACCUCGACUGGUCUAGCGAUUCCCUCUACAUCCAGGUGAAUACAGGAGACAGCCAGAGGCUUAUCUACAACGUGUCAGAGGAGGCUAUCGUGGACGAGAGCUCCAUCCCAUCGGUGGGCUGGUCCACUUGGACGGGCGUGCUGGGUCCUCAGGUCGCCGGGCUCUGGCACAAGUACGCGGACGUUUCUGACAUCAACGCAUCAGACGCAAACUUCUACUACGACAUUAUCGUAACUGGCGACGACUUUGGUCUUGUCAACGCCCACGUGACCAACGUCAGGUGGACCAACGACUCCGAAUACGUGGUGUCUGUCGGGGGAGCCGACCACGCCGUCUUCCUGUGGAGAUUUCGACCCUCGAGAAGGUCCUCGCCCAGGAUGGACUUAGUGAGGCUUCCGUCCUCCGUUGAAGGCGAGUCUGACGACGAUGUCCUGGACACCGAGGACGAGCUCGAGGGCAUUCCCGAGCUCACCCUCGACUUAGAGGAAGAGCUCGCCGGGUCGACGAGAUCGUCUGGCCGGCGCAGCAGGAGGAGGACAGACGACCCCACGCCCGGCGUCGACGUCGCAACCGACUCGACCUUCGCGAAACGCCGCGCCGCCACGGACGAAAACGAGAAGGCUAACGUUGCUCCCAUUCAUGCCCUCUCUGUGAAUCACAUCUUCGGGUAUCGUGCCCAUGAAUGUCGCAACAACGCCCACUGGUUAAAGGAUGGGCGUGUCGUGUACCACGUCGCUGCGGUGGGGAUUGUGUGCGACCCUCACACCCUUCGUCAGGAGCACUACCUCCACCACACAGACGACAUCCUGUGUUUAGCUGUCCAUCCAGAAGGGGAGUUGGUCGCUUCGGGUCAGAUCGGGCGUGAGGCGACGGUUCACGUGUGGGACGCGAUAGACCACAGGAUCUUAUCCCUCCUCCAGGGGGGUCAUAAGAGAGGCGUGUCAGCGGUGGACUUUUCCGCAGACGGAGAGCGCCUGGCAUCUUUAGGACUCGAUGACUACCACACUCUCGUCAUUUGGAACUGGCGCAAGGGUUACAAACUCGCCAACGCCAGAGGCCACAGCGACAAGGUCUUUGGGUUGAGAUUCAGUCCCUCCAACAGCCACCGUUUGAUGACCUUUGGUGUGAAGCAUGUGAAGGUGUGGAACCAUGUCGGCGGCGGACUGACCCAUCGCCAGGUCUCGCUGGGCCGCAAAUUGAAACAGGAAACAGCUCUGUGUAGUGCAGUAGGAGGAGGCGAAGGAUCGGCGGAGUGGUGGGUGGUUGGCAUGUCGUCGGGCACCGUGCUAAUCGUCCGUGACCUCAAGGUGGAACGCGUAGUUAAGGCUCACAAGGCUCCUAUGUAUGCAAUCUUAGUGACUGAUGAGAACAUCUGGACGGCGGGACAAGGGGGCUACGUGUGUAAGUGGGACCGGGAAUUCACCAAGUGUCUGAAGGUGUUCCCUGUAAGCGACCACUUCCUGACGGAGACCGCGGCGGUGGCCUUCACCUCCGCUCAGCCGGGCCUCCGCAGCCUCUCCGCUGCCCCGGGGACCAACUCGCCCAUCCUGGUGGCGACCCAACACGCUGAGCUUCUCCUUAUGGACGGAGAGGGACAGCUCAAUAUAAUCGUCCAGGGCCAUGGCAAGGGCGAAGUAUGGGGUCUGGACACGCACCCUACGCUGAUGGAGGCGGUGACGGUGGGAGACGACAACACCCUCCGUCGCUGGGGCUUGGAGGAGCACCUGGCUCUCGGCUCAGUCAACCUGAGGAAGGCCGCGCGUUGCGUGCACUUCCAUCCUUCCGCCAUGUUUGUGGCCCUCGGCUAUCUUGACGGGAGCGUGGCCCUCUACCUGUACCCGAGCCUGAAGAAGCACGGCGGGGCCCAGCACCGCUCUGAGGGCAUCUCGGAAGUCAAGUUCUCUCCUGACGGCCGGUUCCUCGCUGUAGGAUCCCACGAGUGCCUUGUGGAUCUGUACGUCGUGGACACGGACGGGGACACUGUGAGCAAGGAAGGGUCGGGCUUGCGGAGGGUCGGAGUGUGCCGAGGAGCCUCGUCGUGGAUCACGCACCUCACCUGGCAUAAGGACUCGAGACUUAUUCAGGCCAAUACGGGGGCGGGCGAGCAGCUCUACUUCGAGGCUCCACACGGCAACCGCCAGCUGAUACCAGACGCCACUAGUCGCUUCCUGAAAUGGUCGACCCCUCUUACCUGCGUUCUGGAUGAGACAGUGGAGGGAGUUUGGGCAAAGUUCAUGGACCUCACUGACAUCAACGCCAUAGCAACAGCCCACUCCCUCCCUCUAGUGGUUGCAGCAUGCGACGACGGAGGCCUCGUUAGACUGUUUAGGUAUCCAUGCCAGGGCGGGUUUAAGAAGCACCGCCAGUACACGGGUCACAGCGCCCACGUGACCAACGUCAAGUGGACCUACGACGACUCGAAGCUAGUGACGACUGGCGGCGCGGACACAGCCGUCUUCGUGUGGCAUGUGAGGAAGGUCGAAUUCGCGGAAGACCAGGACGACGAGCAAAAGGACGGGGAGGAAUCGACGAAGAAGCUACCUGCUCAUGCAUUCAGUGAUCUGCCUGAAGAAGAGAUCACCAUGACGGAUUUGGAGGCUGCCGGACUGGAGGAGACGGCAGUGCUCACACCCUCCGUGGCUGGCCUAGACUCCAUGAAGGACAGCAUCGGCAGGAAGGGCGGCCCGAGGCGCGCCUUGAGAACCGCGAAGGGCAUCAAGAGGCACCUGGAGAGGCUCCGGUCCAUCCCGACUUUGACUGCGGAUGAUAAGUCAGUGUUCUACUGCAACGAAUGCGUGGUGGGAAAGCUCGAAUUAGAAGGCGGUGAAGUCACGAGCCAGAGCAUCGGCUACAAAGAGCACGAGACGUACAUCACUACCUUGGCCAUAUCCAAGACCGAUCCAGUUAUGAUUGCCACGGCGCAGUUAGCCGUGGAGAGCGAGGAGGGCCCGGCCUGCGACACCGAGGCCGCCCUCAUUCACGUAUGGCGGCCUCUCGACGGCGCCAACGUGGGGGUGCUGCGCGGCGGCCCCGAGAGCGUCAUCAUUUCCCUCAGCUUCUCCCCGAGCGGCAGGUUCCUCGCCUCUCUUGCUGACGCUUCCGUUGUUCAUAUUUUCAGCUGGACUAAAGGGGCCCAUAUCGCAUCCACUGAGCUGAAGGUCGGGAUGGCGACGUCUCUAAUGCACAGCGGAGAGGCCACGUUGGCUGCGCUCACCCCUAGGGCUAUCCUGUUCCUCGAUCUCGUCGGGAACUCCCUCGUCACCACGCGUGGCCAGGCGCCCCCGGACCUCUUGCCGGAAGGGGCGGCGUUCAGCGGCCUCGGGGUCUCGCCAAGCGGGCGCGUGUACGUGGGGACAAGCGACGGCAGUGUGGUGGAGUGGACGGGCCGCAUCGCCACCCGCUACGUGUCGCCGCCUGACGAUCCCCCGACGCUGGCUCCUGUCCGCUUGGCUAUCGCGGCCGGCCAGGGGGUCAUCUUCACGGCUUGCAGACUAGAUUCCGCCGUCGUGGUUAGAUGCUACACAACAGACACUCCUAAACUGACGUUCUUUUCGGAUUCGCUGAUUGAGGCUCCGACCGAGGACUGGAUUCCUACUUCUGCUCGCCUUGGGGCAGAAAUCCUGAUCCUCGGUGCACGCAUGAAGCAACCUUUUAUUGUCCUCGACCUCAAAUCGGGAAAGUUUACCACGAUCGAGUACGGCUGAAAGGUGCAUGAUCCUCUCUUGUACCGCUUUACCAAAUUAAAUUAUUCUGGGUUCAAUAAAGAUGCUUUUAAAUUGUAACAAACUUCAAAGUAAUAUUUUUGCUUGUCAUUCGUGAAACAUGUCGAAGUUUAUAUACAAAUGUAAAUAUUAUGGCUGCACUUCUGCUUUUAUACAAGUACACACCUAGUUCUUCAAAGUAUAUAAGCAAACCAAAAACACUGUAUUGGUUGUAUUUAUUUCAGGCUUUUGAGUACACCAUAUUUUUGGUAUAGGCAAAUAAACAAACUUGUAAUUGAGUUGGUCAGUUAUAAAAGAAUUAUUUUGU